UCAUUGACGCUUUACCCAUUUCCUCAAGAGUUGUUCGUUUACUACACCAGAAGAUACCGCAGACAGCCGGAAAACACAACUCUGUCUCACCUCAGGACUCCGCCCACCUUUUUUUCUGUUGGCGUUCAAAACGUUCGCCAUUCAAGGUGACGCAGGUCUUUCGCACCAGUACAGCAAUGCUAAGCUAAAGUAACGGCAGGCGCAUGUCGUAGAUUGUUGUUUUGACACCUUACCUUUAACACAAACCGUCCUGGCCCGCGUGGAAGAUCUCGUUACACUUCUGUCACAUUUGUCUGGGAUGUAUAAAUGGAUAGUUGACGGCAUUUCGUCGUUAUUUGAGCCCAUAUCGGGUCAAAGCCCACAGGAUUUAGCCGGGAAAAGUAUCGAUAGCGAGGAAGAAUUCACUCGAACCUGCGUAAAAACUGCUGCACGACGGCUGGGGAACAGCGCCAGACCGGCAAAACGGAACUACCAGAGUAUUUACGUUACAGAUGAUUUUUGCCACAGCGACCAAAUAGAAGUGAAAAGACGAAGGCGAGAUGUAGUGAUCACCUUCGUGAAGAAGACCUUUACUGGGGUGGCCCGUCUACUCAGGCUGCAGAAACCUCCUCCGUCCCAGUGUGAGACACUGAAUCGAUAUGAAGAGUGGCAGCCUGUCACUCUGAUGGGUAUUGAUGAGCUUCAGAUGUCAUGGCUGAGCAAUACCGAGUCUGGAAUGGAUAAGGCAGUGAGUGGGUUAAAUGACAAGAGUGGGAAUAAUCCCUUUCAGAGCUCCUUACCUCCUUUGAUGAGGAAAUACAGCGGGACAGCUCUUCCUGCUGGGCUACCAGACCGAGGGAGGGACAAGGAGAGGAGAGGUUCUCUCCAACUGCUGCCUUCCAGACCAGUGUUCAGGGUGGGGACUACUAAUCCUGACUUGACGUGCUCUGGCACUGGACACAGCCGCUGCUCUAAACCAAGUCUUACUGUCGAAGAGGCUAUUAAACAGAAUGACAAGGAGCACUACAGACGCUUAUUGGAAAUAGUGAGAGAAAAAUACAGCAAAAGUCAGCCUCUCCCCUUCAGUCAGACCAAACCACAAGAUGAAUCGCUCUCACAAGUUAGUCACAAAACCGAAGCCUCUGGAAAAUCCUUUGAUUCAGCAUCCAGGAAAGUGGGAUAUCCAGCUGCGCCAAAUGUGUUCACACACAGAAACGUGUCUGCAACUGCAAACAGGUGGGGGGGCCUGACCUUAAAUAAGUCUAUCACUGGAAGCUUUGAAGAUACACACCCUGUUAGAUGUGCAAAGGCAAAGCAAACCACAGAGCUGGAUCUUUCUACUGAAGUGGCCACACGGUUGAGUUUAGUGGACAGAAGUUCACCUGCUGGCAGCAUUUAUGAUGCACAACCUUUAUACACGACAUAUGCAAGGCACAGCGAUGAGGACGUACCGAGGCUGACCAGGGAAAUGGCAGCAGAGGUGACUGGAGCUCUGACCCAAAGUGAUCCCAACCGGGUUUUAAGUUCCGCGUUCAAACUGCGAAUCACACAACGAGAUCUGGCCACGCUGCAGGAGGGAGGCUGGCUCAAUGACGAGGUUAUAAACUUCUAUCUUUCCCUGAUCAUGGAGCGCUGCUCCGGAGAGCCGAGCAGACUGAAAGUGUACUCCUUUAGCACCUUCUUUUUCCCGAAGCUGCGGGGAGGAGGGCAGGCUGGAGGACACGCUGCUGUGAGGCGCUGGACGAAGGCCGUCGACCUCUUUCUCUUUGAUCUCAUUCUGGUUCCUCUGCAUCUCGGCGUUCACUGGGCAAUGGCUGUUAUAGAUUUCAGGUCGAAGACAGUGAAGUCGUAUGACUCUAUGGGUCAGAGACAUGAGGACAUCUGCAGUCUACUUUUACUUUACAUUAAAGAGGAGCACAUAGCAAAAAAAGGCAAAGAACUGGACAGUGCCAAAUGGACAAUUGGGAGCCUAAAGGCCUGUGAACUUCCCCAGCAGAAAAACGGGAGCGACUGCGGUGUUUUUGUUUGUAAAUAUGCAGACUUUAUUGCAAAAGAAAAGUCCUUCACCUUUAAGCAGUGCCACAUGCCUCUCUUCAGGAAAUUAAUGAUUUGGGAGAUCCUCCAUCAGAAGCUGCUAUAAAGGGUUGCAAUGAAAUGUGUUUUCAGUGGGAUCAUCAGAUGUGUUCACGGAUCUCAAAGAAUUCAUGGACCAAAGAGUUGGACUUGACUGGUUGAAAUUUCACUGAGAACCAUUAAAGCAAAACACUAGUCUUAAUUUUUUUUUUGUCUUUUCCCAUGAUGGGGACAUUAAUAAACACCAUUCUCUAAAUAAUAAUUAGAGAUUUCUGAGGUGUGUAAAUGUGUUGCGCAAACUUUGGCACUACUGACUGAAUGAAUGGCUUUUUAUUGACUUAGUUCAAGUUAAUGUUUUGCCAUAACGUGUUGCUAAAAGUGCCUUCAGCCCUCCAACACUUAGCUUGCAUUUUAAGUAUGCAUAAGAUAUUUGGAUUUUUGAGCUCAAAGGAGCUAGACUAAGAAGUCAAUAAAUGCAAUUGCUGCAGUUCACUAGUGUUGUUUUCUAAUUGUUUUCCCUCCCAGCAGAUUUAAAAUGGAAGAAAGCAAUGUCAUGUAAUAAAAAAUUGAAUAUUUUUUUUUUUGUUAAAAAUACAGACGUGAGUAAGGCUCUAUAUUUGGAUGGGUAUAUCUGAAUAACAAGCAUACAUUUUAUUUAUUAAUUUUCUGGAUGAGAAGUUCCUUUGUGUGUGAAUGUUUGUAUAAAGUUUGACUUCUGAAA